AUGCCCACAUGCGGCGAGUACACCACGCGGGCCCAGCCGCGGCGGCGGGCCGAGAUGGCAGCUCAGGAGCCGAUCUUCCUCAGGAAGACGUUCGAGAUGGUGUCCGCGUGCAGCAAGAGCGACGGUGAAAAUCUGGCGUGCUGGAGCCCUACCGGGGAGACCUUUAUCGUCAAGCACCCGGACGCCUUCUCCAGUGUCGUCAUCCCAAAGUUUUUCAAGCACAGCAAAUUCAGCUCAUUUGUGAGGCAGCUCAACUUCUACGGCUUUCGCAAGGUUAAGUCCAACGCCUCGGGCGCAGGCGUCAACAGCAAGUGGUGGGAGUUCAAGCACGAUCUCUUCCACCGGGACAAGAGCCACCUCCUCGCGGACAUGCGCCGCGCGACGCACUACGGCGUCGCCGCCGACAAGCAGGAGGUGGAGCACCUUAGGUCGGAGGUCACCCGCCUCCGCAGCCACAUCGACGCCAUGGGCGACAAGAUCGGUCAACUCACGUCCCUCGUGGAGUCUCUCUCCGUCGAAGGCCACACCGGCAGCGGCGGCGAUACUACCGCCGCAGGGCCCGCCGGACAACUGGCGGCGAGCCAUCGCCAUGGUCCGACCCCCCCACCAGGCGGGGACGAGCUCUGCGGAGUCCGGGCCGGCCUCGGGCGACUGUCGUUCGGGUUUGAUGCGGCGGCGGGCGACCAAGAGGAGGACGGGGAGGACUUGCGGUUUAGCCUGCCGCCUGCGGUGCCGGCCGGCGCGUGCGGCGUCCCCGACCGGAGCGACCUCGAGGACGUAGAGGUCGGCCUCGGCGAGGCCGACCCGGCCCUCGGAUCGUUCUUGCCGCUGCGCGCCCGAUCUCGGAAGCGCAAGCUCGUGCGGUUCGACGGGGUCUUGGCGAACGGCGGCGGCAGCGGCGGCGGAGGCGUUGUUAAGCAAGAGGCACGAGGAGGAGGAGGAGGAGGAGGAGGAGGCCACUCGCCGGCAGUGAUAAAGCAGGAGAUGACGGUGAAGCAGGAGAUGUUGGUCGACCCGAUGGAUGCCGAGAGCGAACUCGCGGGAGGUGGUGAUCUUGGCGCCUUUGCGUCGGCUUCGAACUCCCCGCUGGCGGGGACGCCAUCAGCGGAGUUGGUCAGCGGUUUCGGCGGGGGCGGCAGCAGCAACAGCAGGUGCCGGCGACGGCGAUUUCAAGGCCGCCAGCACCAGCGGCGACGUUGCGUUCUCUGGUGCUGCCACGACGGGUAAUUGUACCAGCGUAGUCCAGGGCGGCGCCGGCUGCAGGGCCUGUUCUUGUGUUGCACCCGACGGUGCUUCGUUAGGCGGCCGGGGGAGCGACGGUGGCGCCGACAACGGCAGCAGCUGCUUUGGCGACGGCACUAGAAGCAGUAGACAAGCUUGCCACGCGAUGGAAGAGGAAUCGAAUGUCGAAACCAGCGAGACGGGGCAGACGGGCGAAUCAUCGAUACCAUCGAUACCAUCACCACCGCCUUCGUUGUCAUUGAACACUCGGAGCGGGCAGAGUGCGGUGGUGCAGAUGGCGCUGCAGCAGCAACAAAUACAGCAGCAGCAGCAAAUACAGCAGCGGCAGCAGCAACAACAGCAGCAGCAACUGCAUUCUGUAGAGGACGCCGGGGGCAAGUCGAGCGGGGCAACUGGGCCCUCACCGUUUCCACCGCCGCCACUGCGCACAGGGGAAGAGCUCAACGAGGGACUGUCGGCGCUGAUGCAAAACCCCGCGCUCCUCGCAGCUCUGACGGAAAAACAACGAAGCAGCUGCAGCGGGAGCGGGAGCAACCGCAGCUCACCGACAAAAAAUAGUGCACCAACUGCUGCCGCUGCUGGACCCCAAACGGCCGAAAGCGACGCGAGGGCGACUGCUACGGAGAAGGGACACACACGUCCGCGAACCCGCUCGGGAGCAGUCGCCGCCGCCGCUUCGGCCAUGUCGGCGGCUUGCAGCAAAGGGGGCGGGAGUUGCGCUCCUGCU